AUGGGAAAGUCUCCAAAGAGAUCGGCUCCGCCAGAAGAUCAAGAAACUAGUUCCAAGAGAAUCAAAAACGAAGAAACAGGACUAUAUGGAGAAGAAGAGCCGGCAUUUGAGCUUGGCAGCAGAAGUGUGAGCGAAAGUCUAGAGCCUGGUAAUACGGAUUUCUCCACAGAAUUGCCCACACCAUUUGAUAAUAUGGUUAAUGAAUCUGAAUCUGGGAUGUCGCUGCCCGAAAGUGCCACUCCUACUACAAAUCUGGUAAAUAAAUCUAGGGAUAAUGAUUCAGAAGCCAAUAUUACAGCAAAGACAGAAGAUAAGAAGAAGAAGAAGGAUCAGAAAGCAAAUAUACAACUUCCCCAACAAAAAAGCAGCGUCGUUGCCAAAAGACAGCAUGGUGGGCAGGGCCAACAGACACAGGGACAGCAACAGGGUACCUCUAAGACGCAAACAGACCCUGACAAACUGAGUGACGCCCUUCUUUCCGCAGGUGUGGACAUCAGGGAAGAGGAAGCUCUUUUGAGCUCUACCAUGAACAUCACCAAAAACAAUGCCCAAGUCUCAAACAAUCAAAUCCCUAGUCACCCACCUCUUUUGCAUCCUCUGCAUGUGGCAAGCUUCAUGAAAAAAGUUGCGAAUGAGCAGAACUUUUACCAAGAUUUCAACAAAACACAGGAUAUUCUAGGGUUUAUGUCUGCCGCAUGUGAAAUGUUCAUGAGAGACAUAAUAACUAACUCUCUGAUAAUAUCUCGUCAUCGUCGGCGCUCAAUCAAACAAAAUGCAGGCCGUCGAAGUGAGGCGUCAAGGGCGUUACGGGACCUGGCCCUUAAACAGAAGGACCAAGAGGAAAGAAGGGUCAAAAGAAGAAUCCAAAUGGGUUUGGAGAAAGAAGCUGCUGAAGCGAAAAUGGAAACUGAGGAAACACUUCACAGAGCUUCCAACGCUACUGCUAAUAUGAUGAUAGCGGGAACGAAGAAGAAGUAUAGUUGGUUGACAGCAGGAGCUAAGAACCCCAAUAAUUCUUUGAAGACAGUUGGAAAAGUAUCUUCAGAUGUCGCUGCUAGAGGCGAGAUCGGAAUUCGUUACAGGGAAGCCAGAGAGGAGCCGGGAAUUGUAAUGAGAGAUCUCUUGAAUGCUUUGGAGAAUAGAAGAAUUGGAGUAAAUACAGCUCUUUCUAAGGGUUACGCUAGAAUCCGUGAUUAG